GCCGGGGCUGAUGGAUGCCAGGGAGUGCCGCAUUGCUUAGCGUCCCCGCCUCCGGGUUUGCUGGUAGGAGCCCGCCGCUCUUCUCUCUUGCUUUGGGGUUUUGUAGAAAAGACGCUCUCUCCCCGCCCUGGAGCUCAGCGCUGAAGAGCCACCUUAUUAUUAAUCAGAAUUCCCAUCGUUAUCCCUGGCAGGCGUAUCCUUCAGUAGGGACCGCAGAAGCAUCACAGAGCUGGGGCUGACAUGUGCGUGGGGGUUGUUUUUGUUGCAUCUUGGAAGAGAAGAGGACAGCAUCAAGAUCACUGCCAACCGUGCUGGGUGGGCUUAGGGGUGUUUUGUUAGGGUUGAGGAAGGACAAGGAGUGUUGGGCCCGCCAGAGGUCCACAGCUCCUUAAAGGAAAGGGAAGAGGGAACCAAAGUGAGGUGUUGUUUUUAGGCGGUGGGAAAAGAAGUUCAUACUCCCACAAAAGAGCUGCCGAGAGGCAGGAGCAACAGGGUACUGGUCUGGACGCCAAGACAAACAAUUUCCUGUACAGAAGAGGAAGCAGGCAGCAGGGAGGUCUGGAGGCCAGAGUGUGGUGGUGGCAAGGGCCAGGUCUGUUGUGGGACAGUCAGCAGGAGGAAGGGAAGGUUCAGGAACAAGCGGGACGAUGACUCAUUUACAAGCUGGUCUCUCUCCUGAGACCCUGGAGAAAGCUCGCCUGGAGCUGAACGAGAACCCAGACACAUUGCACCAGGACAUCCAGGAGGUGAGGGAUAUGGUCAUCACCAGGCCGGACAUUGGCUUUCUGCGCACAGAUGAUGCCUUCAUCUUACGCUUCUUGCGGGCCAGGAAGUUUCAUCACUUUGAAGCUUUCCGCCUUCUGGCCCAGUACUUUGAGUACCGGCAGCAGAACCUGGACAUGUUCAAAAGCUUCAAGGCCACUGACCCUGGAAUCAAGCAGGCACUGAAAGAUGGCUUCCCUGGGGGCCUGGCCAAUCUGGACCACUAUGGCAGGAAGAUUCUAGUCCUUUUUGCAGCCAACUGGGAUCAGAGCAGGUACACACUGGUGGAUAUUUUGCGUGCCAUCUUACUUUCUUUAGAAGCUAUGAUUGAAGAUCCUGAGCUUCAAGUGAAUGGAUUUGUUUUGAUCAUAGACUGGAGUAACUUCACCUUCAAGCAAGCCUCCAAACUUACACCAAGCAUGCUGCGACUGGCUAUUGAAGGCCUUCAGGAUAGUUUCCCAGCACGAUUUGGAGGAAUUCAUUUUGUCAAUCAGCCAUGGUAUAUCCAUGCCCUGUAUACCGUGAUCCGGCCUUUCCUAAAGGAGAAGACUCGGAAAAGGAUAUUUUUGCAUGGUAACAACCUGAACAGUCUACACCAACUAAUUCAUCCUGAGAUCCUGCCUUCUGAGUUUGGAGGAAUGCUGCCCCCUUAUGAUAUGGGAACAUGGGCAAGAACACUGCUAGAUCACGAGUACGAUGAUGACAGUGAAUACAAUGUGGACUCCUACAGUAUGCCUGUAAAAGAGGUGGAAAAGGAACUCUCUCCCAAGUCCAUGAAGAGAUCCCAGUCAGUAGUGGAUCCUACAGUACUAAAACGCAUGGAUAAAAAUGAAGAAGAAAACAUGCAACCUUUGCUCUCUCUGGACUGAUAAAUUCUCUACACUCUCCAUGGAUUAGAAAUGGAAGGUACUUGUUUUCAGCAACAGGGACAGCACUGUGGAAGAAUGACCAGCUGGAAACUUAUUUAUUCAUGUUAAUGUAGCAUAAUAUAUAAUAAGGCAUUGGGCUUUCCCAUUUGCCUGAACCAUGGGUGCCCUGGUCUGGAGUUAAAGAAAAAAGUCAAUAAUUUAUUCUGUAAGUGCCAAGUUCUUUGUAAAUAUAAUGUAAUCUUCAUGUCAAGUUUGUAAACUUUGGUAGUAACUUAAAUUGGAAAAGAUUGGCUCAUGAGACCAUACCAGUGAUAUGAAUUAUAACAAAAACCAGAAAAGACACAUACGCAAUGGAAGCUAAUUAAAUGUAGCCCUGUUUCCUAUGAAGCCAUAUUUCAGCUAUCAUAGUGAUUGUUUCAUUGUUUUUAUCUGAAAUUGUCAUAUUCCAAUGUACUUUUAAUGGACACAGGUAACUAGAUGAUUCUAGGAAAUUAGUAUGAUAAGUGUAUUUCCUGUCUAGUGAUUUUCAUUUCACACAAAAUGUGUCUUAGUGACUAUCACUGGCCUUGAAUUUUGGAGACAAGGAAUGGCAGAGGAGCUGGUAAACUAAACACUUGAACUCUUCCAUGUUGUUUAAUUCCUGGAGUCUUGUGAAAAGAUAUGUUCCCCAUAUUAAGAUGUCGAAUUCUGAAAGAGUGGAUUUUUUUUAAACUGCUGUCUUCACAAUGUGUCUUUUAUUUAAGACCCCAUUGUAUCAUUUCUCAGCCUUUUGGCUAAGAUCAAAUGUAGUAUUUAAGACCCCAUUGUAUCCCUGUCUAAUGUACUUUAAGAACAUUUCCCCCCACAAAACUCUUUGACCAAGAGAAAGAGAACUCAUAUGUGGAUAGUGUUUUGACAGCUAAUUUUGGGCAUAAAAGUUGCCAUGUACGAAUAAGGGGCUAAUUUCUAAUUCUUGUGCACUGGUUGGAAACAUAAACAUAUAUAUUCACAUGCACAUAUAUAUUUUUAUUGAGCUCUAAUAAAUUCUUGAUGUGACAGGCUUAUAAAAUAAAUCAUAAAUAUUCAAUGGUCUUAGAGAUGUUAUAAAUGAUUAUGUGAGAUACUAACUCUGGAAAACUACUUCUGCUAAAGUUAAUGAAAAUGAUGUUUAGUGAAAUAGACUUUCAGUGAACCUGUUUAAGGGAAUUCCAGUUUAAUUUGUAAUGCAAUCUUGAAUCUGUGCCAUUUUAGUGAAAAAAAAAUUUCCUUUAAAAAACAACAGGUCUCAACGUAACAUAGGUUUUAGGUGACCAAGAGUAAUACAAUUUUUCUCAAAAAUCCAAGUAAUUAUCUUAAUGACUCUGUAAGUACAGAUUUUCUUUUCAGAAAAGACUGAAGGAACAUAUUGCAUCCAUAAGACAUAAUGAAAGCUUCUGAGGGCAUCUGAAAUAGCAUAUUAUAAUUCAAAUCUAGAUGUGGAAUCCUUAUGUUAUUUAGUUUUUAUUUCAUAGAAAUUGUACAAUUAUAGCACAUUUUUAAAAUCUUACUUUAAAUUUCAAAUCCCAGUGUGAAAAAGCAAGAUUUUUACCACCUCUUCAGAGUGACAAUUUUUGAGAUCGAAAAUUUACCACUAAAAUAUUCUUUUGAAAGAAACAUAUCUCAAGGAGCUCUUGGAAACCAACAGAAAUAAAGGCAUGUAGCAGCUUUUAUAUAUUUUUGGCCAAAAGCUUCAAAAAUUCCAGUGACAAUUCUAUAGCCAAAAGGCUUAAAAUCAAGAUCAGGACACCAAUCUGCAGUCUCACUGAUGGCCUAUCUAACAUUUGUAAAAAUACAUAAUCUAUACAUAAAUAAUAUGAUUGAAAUACACCUUAGAAAUGCCAACCUCAAGGAAGUGCAGAAGAAUAACAACUGUCAGGUACUCUGCCCUGCCCAUAAAUAUGAUAGAGAUUAGAAUGACCUGGGGAUAAAAAGCCACAGCAACUCUUAUCUUUGUUAGAACCCUACCCAUGAGAUUCUUACGUUUUUGCCUACCUGAUGUACAUUUUAUAGUCUUGGACUUCAUAUACUACAGAAGCAAGUGUUAGGCAAUAGGAUGCAUUAGGAUAAAAGAGAAACAAAGUACAGAAGGAUUGUCAACUUUUCAGUCUCAUGUGUUUCUCUUGAAAUACACUAUUUAUUGGCAUUUUUUAGGAUUCUACCGGCUUCAGAUGUCAACCAGUAUAGCCAGCUUCUUUCCCCUCUCAGAAGGCUAGUGUCAUAUAUAAAAAUAACCAGAAAGGCAUAUUUUAUGUGUAUACAUACCUAUCUAAGUAUGAUUCCCACUAUCUCCCUUGCCCAACAUCUGGAAACUUCAUUUCCCAUUGCUGUGUGUCUGUUCUUCUUCAAAUGAGCAAUUCAGAGUUGGCUGCAUUGUGUAAAAUAUUUUUAAAUGAAUGAAAAAAUUACAACAAUGAUGCCUUUUGAAAUUGCUUUAUCUAGUUCAAUCUGUGAGUAGACUCGUUUUCCAGGAAUGUUUUUGGAGCUGCUUGGUCAAGGGAUAUUUGGUCAACUCUAUAAAUUUUCCCUUCAGCACCAGCUAACUUGCACCAUUUAGGGAUGCUUUUCCCUGAUGCGAUAUUCUGUGUUAUAUCUAUUGUCACAUAACUUCGUAAAUAAGCACCCCCAUAUUCUUUCAAUUUAAUUGUGAUAGUCCUCUCUCUCUCUCUCUGUCUCGCUCUCUCUCUCUGUCUCACACACACCCACAUACAUACACACAACACACACACACACACACACACACACACACACACAGCUGUUUGCCCUCAUGGAUUUGCCUAUUUUGAGAUCUAUGCUUUACUUUUGUAGCCGUCGUUAUUGAAAAUAGUAGACCUCAAAGAAUUACCACAUUUCAUUUGGAAUAGGCCAGUUGUUCAUACUUCUCUCACCCUGCCUGUUCUGCCAGCUAGUUCUUAUAUCCUUUCUUCCUCCCAUUGUUUCAGGGGCGGCUGCUUCCAAAGCUAGUUUAAAAAUAAAUAACUUUCAUUUUAUUGUCAGUGAUAUUUAUACACAUUUUUGCCUGAUAUUUUUAAAGGAAGAGAUUAUCGUGAAAAUACACUCUAAGAAAUAUGAAGAAGUGCCUCUUUAAAAAUGAGAUAAAGCAGUGAUACUAGAAUAUGGAUUCUAUUUAUAUUCUCUUUGGAAAAGUAAAUACAUGCAUCUAUGUCAUAAGGGUGAAAUAUAAAUGUCAUUUGAAGAAAGAUAUCGAGGCCUUGCUUUGAACAUUCCCAUAGAGUAUAAGUCUUUAUUGUGUAAGUUCAAUACUGUAACUUGAACACGUUAUUGACAAGUCUGGCAUUAUGCUAAAACAAUAUACAAGUAUUUGUUCAAGGAAGUUUUUGAAGUGGGCAUGCAUGAUUUCUUUUAUUUUGGUAAUAGUUUGCUUAGUGUAGGCAGACAUUGCUUGAGUCUUUUCACAGAAAAAUGCUUGUUUAUUUUACCAUACUGAAAUUCAUACAUUCAUAAGCAGGAAAGCCAAGCAGCUAGGUUCUCUCUAAUAUUGUUAACUAGGUCACAUUGUUAAAGUAAACAUUUGAAGUUUCUGUACUAUUCCCGAGGGAGCAGAGGUCCCUCUAAUGCAUCAAGAAAAUGGAGCAUUGUUUUAGACCUCGGGGAACAUGUUUAUCACUCACAAAAAGAAACCCUUAGAGCCAUGGCAGAGUGUAUCUUCAGAAACAGAUUUCCUUUCCUUCUACAAACAACCUAAAGGUUUAUGGAUGUGUCUGUGACCCCUUAGAGAAAUUAUAUGAAGACAACCUGCUGAGAAGCUAUGUAUUCUGUGGUUGUAUCUAAAUGUCUAACUGAUCUGGUUAGUUAAUAACUUUUUUGAUUCUUAUUUUGUGUGUAUUUAUUAAUGAUUACUUGAAAAGCUACCAUCAGCCAUCAGGACAUUUUAGAGUGAUUUUCAACACACAAAAUAAAAGGAGCAAAGGUCUGGCAUGAUAUUUGAACUUUCAGAUAUAGUAUUUACAUUUUUACAUCAAUAAGCUCAUAGGCAUAUAUUCCUUUUUAAGUAUGCUAUAUAGAUAUAUAGCCUAAAAAAUAGUGGUGCAUUUUAAAUUUAUGAUACCAUUAGAUCAUUUAAGAAUCAGCAAGUUACAUAAAAUGUAUUGGCACAAAAGUACAAGAUUGGCUAAAUAUCCAGGAUGUGUAAUUAUCUUCAGUAGUAAAAAGGAUUUGUUUUUUUGUGUUCAUUUUAGUUGAAAGAAAACUGAUUUCAAUGUGCAAUUGGAAUUAUUUAACACUAUUUGCUAGUUGAAAGGGGGCAAAUAAGUAAGACUACAAAAGGAGACUUGACUUUGAAACAUUAUUGUAUCUUGAUCUUAGUGGCUUAAAGAAUGUAAGUUUUCACAAGUUCAAGUUUUUAUUUUGUAAACAUCCAUAGGUUAACCCCACACAUGGAGAUACUAUUAUGGAGUCUAUUCUGUGAUAAGUGUGGGAAUUUAUUCCUUUGCAUUGUGGGAAAAAAUAUAAAGUAGCAAUUCUGUGGAUUGAAACAGCCAAAUUUUACUGUUUUUCAAAGGUGGAGGGUGCAAAUGAUACUUUUUAAAUUAAGAAAAAAACCAAAUAUGCAUAGAUUUAAAUACAAUGAAUGCACUUUUCUAGUAGAUAGUGGACAUGUUACAAUUCAGAAGGUGUUGGUCAGUAUUUGGCUUAGUUUCAAGUUUCAAUGCAAAUAUUUGUAUCUUUAAUGAUAUCAAUUCAUUUAUUCUGUCAAAAUUAUUUUUGUGGUGAAUGAGAGAGACCUCAGUGAAAAUUGAAAUAAAUGUUAAUAGAACUUUCAAGAGUUCAUCAAUCCCCAACUAUUUUGAAAAAUUGCAAUGGACUAUAAAUGGUUUACAUAUAAUAGAGUUUCAAGCAUUGUCUUAUUUCUAAUCUAGUUUUCAGCUUUCAGACUUAUUUAGAAGAUAAAUAAAAUUUCAAAACCACAUACUUUUUUUCCCCAAACUGUCCAGAAAGAAAACAAAACAAGAUGUCUAAGAGGUAAUUUAUAAAAGUCCUACAUAAGAAUACAAGCACACUGUUUACUAUUUGGUUUAAAUACCUAUGACCUUUUGAGGGAGUGAUUUAUUCCAAUACAACAUUAUAAAUGGUAUAAUACAAUUUUUGAAUAAAUACAUUUCUGCUUUAAAAAAUAAUUUUGCAUAUGGUGAAUGUUGAAUUUGGUAGUAUUGGAUCUGUUGCACCUGUGAAAUGUAAAUUUCUAAAAUAUCAUCUAAAAAUGGACAAUAACUUUCUUUUUAGAGAAAUUUUAGUUAGCUGUUUAGGUUAGGAUAUCUGAGAUCUUCUGACAUUUACAUGAUUGGAGCUUAAAGGAGAAAACAUAUUUCAUUUAAUCAAAACGUCAUUUUUAGUAUUCUGUAAGUUUUAGACAAGAUUUCAAAGGAUAGUUUGAAUGAAGAAGUGAAUUAACUUUUAAGUUGCAUAUAGCAAUGCGGAUGACCAUUAAAUAGCUGAUAUUUUCACUUUUGACGUAAAGUUAUGAGAUUAGACAUACAUUCAAAAUUAUAAAGAAGCAUUGAUUUAAAUAAAUUCUAUUAAACAUAACUCCAUUUCAAACUAUAAAAUAAAACUAUUCAGCCUGACUUGGAAAAAAUGCUUAAUAAAUACACAUUUGUGUCUUCUGUGAGUUUCCCUCAUUUAACUUACCUAUAGAUGAAAAGUUGAGGGAAAGAGACAUUUAGCUAGAACCCUCUGUAAUAGACUUUAUGACUUUCUCUGGCUCAGAUGCAGAUGAUUUUCCUGUACACAGCUUUUGAGAUUAUUAAGGAUCAUUAUUGCUGCCUCUUUGUAAAGCCAUGUCAGGAAGGGGCCAUGUUUCUAGCAGCAACUGAAGAAGCAUCACAAGUGGGAAUGAAUUCAGGACAACCAAAGAAUGCAAGAAAAACCAGAGAUAUGGAAUUCUUUCCGCACUAAAAAGUACAUUAAAGUGUAUUAAAGUGUACAUACAGAAAACGUUUCCAAAAUGUCAAGGGUUUCUGAUAUCAAGGCUUAAAUACUUGGCCAAUAAAAGAGUCCAUGGGGACAUGAUGGUCAAGGCUCUGAUGUGUAGUCUGUCUUUACGCAGCAACAACAUCAAAAACCCUUGUCUCUGAAUAUCACUUCUCUCUAAAAAUAAAAAUGAGUAUGCUCUCUUCUGCCCCCUUUUUUUUCUAACUGGAAUCAUAAAAGUAUCAGAAACCAUAAACACUUUGCUAUGUUUUAAGAAAAAAUGUGCCAUUAUACACAUAAAAACAUAAAUCAGUCAGUUGUAUAGGAUUGGGUAUUUGCCUACUGAUUUGUAAAUGCUUAAGUAAAUGUUUUUCAAAAAUAUAUAAGAUUUUCAUGAUAGAAAAUUAUGAAAUGUUUUUUGGAUCUUCGAUCCACAGAGAAGACCAGUAAUAUUCUUUCUUUUGAAUUAAUUUAUCUAAACGUUUUUAUUUGGAUGUCUAAUGUACAUGUCACGUUUAACAUUUACAAAAAAACAAACUUCUCUUCUCUCACUCUGAGCCUGCUUCCCCUUUGGCUUUCCCACCUCCCCAAGUGUCAACUCAACCUUCUGGGUUCCAGGACUCAAAACUUUCCAAUCAUCCUCUCUUCCCUGUCUCUGUCUCGAAAUCACACCCAAUCAGCUCACUAACACUGUGGGCUCUCCUUCAAAAUGUAAUAUCCAUGCUGACCACUUCUCUAACCAGGACAUCACUACCCUGUCCCAAGACUUCAACAUUUUCCACCUGGAAUAUUUUAAUCUGAAAACUGGUCUCUUUGCUUCUGCCCUUGGCGCCUAGAGUGGAUUUAUAACACAUUAGCGAGAGUGAGCUCAGAUCAUUUCACUUUCUCAAAACCCGCAAGACUAAAAACCAAUGUCCUUAUGAUGGAGAAUGAGGAGAGUUGGUAAGAAGUUUGUAAGCACCAGAAGACCAGAAUAGCAGAUUUUCUGGUUGGGUUGCAUCUUGUCACCUGUGUAAUGCAAAAGUAAUUGUUAAAUACUUUAAUUUCUUGCUUCUAAAGUUCUACGCAAUAUACCCUCUCACCCAUGACUUUGGCUUUUCUAGAGAUUUCUUAAGAAUAUUUCUUCUACUCUUUAUACUCUGGCCAUUGUCAUCCUUGCUGUGCCAAGACUUUGCUAAGCAUUCCUCCAGCUCAGAACCUUUGCCCUUCUGUUCUUUCUGCCUCUCCCCCAACUCCCCAAAAUCCAUGUGGCUUAUCCCCUCAUUUCCUUCAUCUUUGCUCAAAAGUCACCUUCUUAGAACUCUCUAAAUUUCCCUAUUUAAGAUUAUAUGGCCCUAUGGUUCUUCAUACUUCCUUUUUCUGGUCUAUUGCUUCCCCAUAGCUUUAUCACCUUCUAAUACAUCAAAUGGCUUAUUUAUUUUGUUUAUUUUACAUCUUUUUCUAACAGAAUAUGAACUCCACACAAGCAGGGGUUUUUGCCUGUCCUUUCAUUACUGGUGCCUUGAAUAGUGCCUGGACUUAGCAGCAAAUCCAAAAAGACUGCAUGAAGAUCUUAAUUUGUUUCAGCAUGCUAUGUUAUGCUUUUAAGGAGAGUUUUUUUUCUAUUUAUUUAUUUAUUUAUUUAUUUAUUUAUUUAUUUAUUUUUGAGAGAGAGAGAGACAGAGAGAGAAUUUCAAGCAGGUUCCAUGCCAAUUCAGGGCUCGAACUCACGAACCAUGAGAUCAUGACCUGAGCUGAAAUCAUGAGUUGGGCACUUAACCAACUGAGCCAUCCACGCACCCGAAGGAAAAGUUUUUUUUUUUUCUUAAUAAGAAACCUCUUUUUGUUAUUCAUCUUCAAAGGGGGAAUUUUUCCCUCUCUGAUGAUGAUGGAAACAUGAACCAAUAAUUAAAUUCCCCUCUCCCUCAGAUCUGGUCUCUACCCCAGAACUUCAGUUUUACAUGACUGUUUGAGCUUUGUCUUUGGAAGUUACUCUAAGAUCAUUUGAUUCUUGACCUAUAAUAUGCAUAGCUUACACUCAGUUUUGGAAAGACUACAAGAUAGCUCAGAUGAAAAGUCAUUUUGAGGUCAAAACCAUAGUAAAUUGUUCUUUGUUGAUUAUCUUAGUUCCAAUUUAAAAUUUGCAAGUUAAAAGAUCAUAACUCUUCCAAUAUUGGAAACUAGAUUAAGAGAAAACACCAAGAUAGUUAGUUUAACUGGAAAGGAGAAAGAGGAGAAGAGAAGGGGGAAAAGAAAUUAUGAUCACUCCUUCUCUGAAACAAUUACAAGAUAAAUGAAGUUUUAUGGUGUUUCUAAAUAAUCUUUUCAUGAUCUUAGAAAUAGGUAUUAUAACUAUUUAGUCUGGCAACACUUUAACAGAAGUCAUAUCAGUCGGGUUUUAUAUUUGAUACCUUUUGUAUAUUUUUUAAUUUGGAAAUUUUAGUUCUGACACCACAUGACAGGAAUUGUUCAUAUAUUCUAACUGGUUUACUCCCUUCUCCUCUGUACAAUUGCAGCUAUCAUUUUCUGAAAUUCAUAAUCACAUUUGUUACCCCUAACUAUCCCCAAACUUUGUAUCCCUACAAUUUGGACUGACUUCGGCAUAAUCUAGUAACUAAAUAUCUUCAAUACUGGUUCUUGGUGUGAUAGGUUUCUGAUUUUUAUCCUUUGCAGUUUAUCUUCUCUUUCUCACCAAACCUAUGUUAUUCCCUUUACUCCACUGCACUGUGUGCCUUUCUCUACAUUGUAAUAAUUCAAGCCUCCAGUUUUACAAUCUGCUACCAGGUCUUCUCUUAACAAGACACUGAGAAUAAGUAUGGUGUUGAAUGUGAAAUUGAAGAAGGAACUAUAAUGUGAAAAAUGAGAAUAGAUGUUUGAAAAUGUUUCGGAAGACAACCAGUCUUUCAGUGGCUUUGUAAUAGGCAUGAUGUAGCAUAUAGGUAAUCAGUGUAGAUCAUAUUUCUUGCUGAUUACCCAAAUAUAUGACAGGGUUAAUGAGGAAUGUGGAAAACCUUCUAUAGAGAAGAGACUAAAUGGCCUGUGCUUGGGAAAAGGCAGAAUUCUCUUGUGUGAAUUCUCUGGACAGUGGGAGGUAUUUGCCUCUGUGACAUCCUUUUUUGCCAGUUUCCAAGAAUGUGUUUAGCAUUACAUCAGAAAUAAAGGGUUCAAGUUCAAGUAUACACAGUGUGUGGAAGAUGCUGUUGUUCAUAUCAUCUUAUACUGAAUUUUGUUGUUUUUUUAAUGUGUCAUUUUUAUGAUUGAAUCCUAGGAAUAUAUUGAUUGGUAAAUUUUAUUAAUUCUAUCUGCUUUCAAAUGGAUUUAGAAAUUUUACAGUUCCUCUAUUAUAUUCUUAAAACCAUAGUAUUAAUGUUUCACUUCAUGUCAAGGUUAUUUCAUGUCCCUUUGGAUCUCUGAAGAUGAAUGAAGUUCUGCUAAAUAAAAUGUCACUAAAUGAAAUUUCAGAUUCAGAAAUGUGAAUGUGUAUAUAUUUCUUUCAAUCUUUUUAUCAUAAACUAAACUCCUGUAAAUUUAGAAAACCUAUCAUAUUAAAUAGCUAUGAAUAAAUUUGUUAUUAAAAUAUGGAGAUAUGGCAUUGAUGUUAGCAUAUGGGAACAUAUAAUGCUUUCAAAUGGAUUUUAAACAUGUGUGGGCAUAUUUUAAUGUUAUUUUGAAUUUAUUGUUGACUCGAUCCAAUAUCUUUGAUAAAAUUUGAUAUAAACUCCAAAUCACUGUAAAGUCA